AUGGCGGCGAUGGCGAACAAGAAGAGGCCAGCUCCUGUGGACGACGGCUCUGGAGAAGAGUCGUCAGUAUUCGAAUCGACAAGGAGUCCAUCCACGCAGUCCAGGCAGAAGAAGGCCCGUUUCCAAACGCCAGACGACGAUGAUGAGACGUCGGUUUUUGCUCGAUCGACAGCACCAUCUCUCGCCGACACCAACACUGCCACCGCUACCAUUGCAGAGACCGAUACACCUCAUACGGAUGCUUCAAGUGCUCGGAGCAAGAGCAGACCACGACCCAAGAAAUAUCAAUGCACGUUUCCCGACUGCACCAAGGCGUUCGAUCGCCCUAUCCGCCUCCAGACUCACAUCAACUCACAUACAGGCGAGCGGCCUCACGCUUGUCCUCAUGAUGAUUGUGACAAGAGGUUUCAAAAGCCGGAACAUCUCAACCGCCAUGUCAAAGAGAAGCAUGGGAACCAAACAUUCACCUGCACCCACAAGGUCCGCAAGGACGAUACUGGCAUCAUUGAAGAGUGCGGCAGAGUUUUCGAGUCAUCGACUAAGCUCAAGCGACAUAUAGCCGUUCACGAAGAGAAAGAAGAGACAACGUGCACUUGGGAGGGCUGCGGCAAAGUGUUCAGAAAGCAGGACACGCUCCAGAGACACAUCAAGAAGGACCACUUGAACGAAGACUCGUACAUUUGCAAGCGCGAGACCGCCGACGGCGACGUGUGCGGUCAAGCAUUCCCCACACCAGGUCAAUUGAGAGGCCAUGAAGCGAAGGACCAUCAAGCUUCCAAGUACAUCUGCCAGAUAUGCACAACCGCCAUGGAUCCGCCAACGGGAGAGAUGGCCCCGAUCGACAACGGACUCGAUGCCGCCUUUCUUCCUACUCUUGAAGAUCUUCAAUAUGUGGGCCACGACUUUGACCCGAAGGCUCUUGGCAAUCUAUCCCUCGAGGACAACGCUCGCGCAGGCUUUCAGCAUCCUGGCGGCAUCGUGUGCUUUCCCACCUACCACGAUCUCCAGCGUCACCUCAAGUUCGUACACCCUCCCGUGUGUGAUCAGUGCGGCAAGAAGUGCAAGAGUGGGAAAGACCUCGCGGCUCACAUCGACAUUCAUCAUUCUGUCAACGGCCCAAGCACGCGUACUCCUGCGGAGAAGAAGUUUCUCUGCCCAGUCGAGGAUUGUCCAAGAGCCGUUGCUGGUAACGGAUUCACCAAGAAAGGCAACCUGGACGUGCAUGUCAAGAGCGCUCAUACUAAAGAGAAGAAGUUUAUUUGCGGCGAGUAUGAUCUGAGUAAGGAUAAGAAGGUCGAGGGUUGGGAUGGUCAAGGUUGCGGCAUGGCGUUGGGCGCAAAGCAGAGUCUCAUUGGACAUGUUCGAACGCAACACCUCAACCUUCCCCCGACCACGACCGCCAAGGCUACCAAGCGCAAGACCAAAUCGAAGGUGAAGCAAGAGGACGAGGAUGAAGACUUCAUGGAAACCGACGAUGCGUCUGGUGCGACGAGCAAAGCUUUGUCGAUGCUCACUGGUUUUGGCUACGAGCAACACCGCCCCUAUGCCUGCUUAAUGGCGGCCGGCCCCACCUUCUGCCAGAUGAGAUUUGCAAAGGAGUACGAGUUGUGUUCGCAUCUAGAGCUGACUCACGGAUGGAAUGUGGACGACAUCAGCGAGGCCAUGGGCUUGCAAGCGGACGAGUUUGAUGAAGAGAUGGCAGAUGAUUCGCUGAGACGGGAGUUGGAAGAGCACGUCGGUGGCUUCAAUGCUGCUGGUCGUGAGGCGCAGAUGUUUGAAGGUGAAGUGGGCCGUGUUUAA